AUGGGGAAGGCUGCCUAUCUCGUUCAAGGCAGUACAGCUCACAGCUUUCUUGGAGUACCAACAGGAGGAAGGCCUCGCAAUGAGUUGACUGUACCUAUGGGUCCCUUACUAGAGAAAAUUCAGAAAAAGUGCAAAAAUCUGAAAGUUCUGGUUGGGGAUGAACGUUCAAUGAUUGGAUGUACAACAAUGGCUGGAUGGAACAGCAUGCACGUUCUGCAAUUAACAAAGGAGCCAAUGCAGAUCAGUUAUGGGGAAGGAUUCCUGUGGCAGUGUUUAUGGGAGAUGAUGUUCAGCUUCCCCCUAUGUGUGACACACCCGUGUACAUCUCAGAUUGUCAUAGUGCACCAUCUAACCACGGUUGCUUGGUUUGGACAAUGUUUGAUAGCGCUGUUGAGCUUACUCAGAUAA